GCCGCCGCGGGUCCGGGCCUGGGCAGGCGGCGGCGGGGGCGCCGCGCCGGGCGGGCGGCGGGGCCAUGCUGGGCAAGGACUACAUGCUGGCCAUCGUCCUGGUCAACUGCGACGACAACCUCUGGAGUGACCAGAGCCUGGAGACAGACCCUGACCUCCCCCCAGGCUGGAGGAAAAUCUGUGAUUCUCUGGGUACCUAUUACUGGCAUGUGCCAACAGGCACGACACAGUGGCAGCACCCUGCACGCGGCACUGGCCCAGGAGGGCACACGGACGCUGAUGGAGAGGAGACACUCCAGGGAAGGGAAUGCCAGGGCUCUGCGGCGAAGCACUCGGCAAAGGACCGGCCCAUUCCCAGCCCCAUGGCUUCGCUGUCCCGGAGGCACUCACUGUCCUGGCAUGGAGACGACUUCCAGCACAGCGCAGAGCCCGGCUCCAAGUGCUUUGCUGUGCGCUCUCUGGGCUGGGUGGAGAUCCCCGAGGAGGACCUGGCACCUGGCAAGAGCAGCAUCGCCGUCAACAACUGCAUCCAGCAGCUCUCCAACAGCAAGGGCCAGGGCUCUGCGGAGAACCAGGGGGAGGGCCAGGACCUAGUGAUGAUUCUGAAGAAGGACACCAUGAGCCUGGUGGACCCCCUUGACCGCAGCCUCAUCCACCGCCAGCCCAUCCUCAACAUCCGUGUCUGGGGUGUCGGCUGCAACAACGGCAGGGACAGAGACUUUGCCUUCGUGGCCAGUGACAAGGACACCUGCGUCCUCAAGUGUCACGUCUUCCACUGCAAUGUGCCGGCCAAGGGCAUCGCCAAGGCUCUGCAUGAGAUGUGCUCCAAGAUCGUGGCCGAGCGAGCCGUAGCGAGCAGCAGGCUGCCCCGCGCCGCCACGCUGGAGCCGAUCUCCGCCGAGGACCUGCCACUGCAAGUGGAUAUCCUAGAAGCGGUGAGGCAGUCGAUGCAGACCUACGAGGCGCUGUACAUCGGCAGCCUGCCCGUGCCCAGGGCCAUGGGGAUGGAUGUGUUGAACGACGCCAUCGAGAAGCUGACGAGGCGCCCCGGGCGGGAGAACUGGACGCCCUCCCUCAUCUACGUGUCCGACACGGCCAUGAGGGUGCACCCGGCGCAGGUGGGGAGGGAACAGGGGGCUGUGGCCGGAGCGGGCACGGCGCUGCCCCGGGCAGAGCGGUCCUGGGGGGCGGCAGGGCUGCCCGGGCGGCGGCCGGGGCUGGAUGGGCCCGCGGGGUCCCCGCAGGAGCCCGAGGAGGCGGCGCACAUCUGGGAGUGCCAGGUGCGGUACGUGACCUUCCUGGGGGUGGGCCGGGACGCGCACACCUUCGCGCUCAUCGUGGACACGGGGCGACGCUUCCAGUGCGCGGCCUUCUGGUGCGAGCCCGACGCCGGCACCAUCUCGGAGGCAGUGCAGGCCGCCUGCAUGGUGCAGUACCAGAAGUGCCUGGUGGCCGCCGCACCGGGGGCGAAGGCGAAGAGCGCGGCUGGCCGGGGCCGGGCCGGGCCGGCGGCCGCGGGGGACGCUGCCCGCGGGGCGGCCAAGGCGGGGGGGGGCGGCGGCGGGGCGGGGGCCGGGGCCCGCAAGCGGGGACUCUUCUCCUUCCUGGAGGUGUUCCGCCUCCGGCGGGCCCUCCUGCACAGCCCGUAGCGGGCGGGGCCGGGCCGGGGCCGGGGCCGGAGCCGCCGGGAAGGA